AUGUUAUUCAUUCCUUCCUUAUUGAAUUCUCAUUUGUCUUCAUUUUUUUCAUUGAUCGAUUCUUUGCGCUUUCUAAUUUUUAUACUAUUUUACUGUUCAUAUCUAUCUAUCUAUCUAUCUAUCUAUCUAUCUAUCUAUCUAUCUAUCUAUCUCAAACUAUUUAUAUCUAUCUAUCUAUCUAUCUAUCUAUCUAUCUAUCUAUCUAUCUAUCCCGUCCCAUCUAUUUAUCUCUAUCUAUCCCAACCAAUUCAUAUCUAUCUAUCUAUCUAUCUAUCUAUCUAUCUAUCUAUCCCAAACAAUUUAUAUCUAUCUAUCUAUCUAUCUAUCUGUUUCAUUCUAUAUAUCAUUUAUCUAUCUAUCUAUCUUUAUAUCUAUCUAUCUAUCUAUCUAUCUAUAUUAUCUAUCUAUCUCAACCUAUUUAUAUCUAUCUAUCCGUGCAAUAAUCCUAUCUAUCUAUCUAUCUAUCUAUCUAUCUAUCUAUCUAUCCCAUCCCAUCCCAUCUAUUCAUAUCGAUCUAUCCUAACCAAUUCAUAUCUAUCUAUCUAUCUAUCUAUCUAUCUAUCUAUCUAUCUAUCUAUGCUUUCGUUUAUUUCCCCUCUUCAGCCUCUAGUUUAUUAUUUGCAUUCUUUUUCUACUGACCCUCGCAUCUGCUCCUUCUUCUUGUUAAUCUCUCUCUCUCCGCCUGUCUUUCGCCUUCAUCACGCUUUUCAUUAG